ACAUUGACAUCACCUGGACAGGGGAAGAGAGGAGCCUCUCUCUCUCUCUCUCUCUCUCUCUUAGUUGUCUCUCCAAGAUCACCAGCAAAGCGUCCAAUGCUGUCUUAAUUUUCAUCUGUACCGAGGAACACAAAACUGGGUGAAGGAAGGAUGGCAGGGGCACAAGGACAAAGCUUGCCUGUGAUUUGUCUCUCCUGCCCCCGGAGCCUCCUCCUCUUCCGCUCCUUCUCCUCGUCUCUUAUAUACCACAAGAAGCUUGUCCAUCAUCACCACUACAACAUCUAGUGAAAGCUGGAGCAACGACAGCGGUAGUUCCUGCCGGAACUCCUCCUCCUAUGUCCAUCGACAAAUGAUACAGGAGGACGAGAUGAGCUCGGAGUGCAGCAGCGGUUGCCAAUCUGGUUGGACCAUGUACUUGGCCCAGUCCUCGGACGAGCAGAGCUCUCUUCGCCACAAAGAUGCUAGCUCCUUUCAUGGACAAGAAGAAGAAGAAGAAGAAGAAGAAGAAGAAGAAGAGGAGGACCUGUCCAUGAUCUCCGAUGCGUCCUCUGGGCCACCGCAGUUGCAUGAAGUUGAUGACGAGCGUGGCCACUACUAUCGACACUCCACCCCUCGCUGGGAAAGCAAUGGCUGCCUCCACUUUGCUUCAGCUCCCGCUGCUGCAAUGGGUAGGGAUGGUGGCAAGAAGAGGAGAGCGGAAGCAGCGCAGCAAAGGGAUCAUUCCUCUGUUCUGGAUGACACUGCCAGUUCCCAACUCCUCAGCAGUUCACAGCAUAGCAUCAAUGACUGCAGCAACCACAUGAAGCAAUCCAUGGACUUCUCUUACGGCUUCUCCACCACCCACUUUAAAGCAAGGUCUGCGCCACAGGAGCAAAUGGGCUACUCUCGAUCCUCUUCAUGUGUCAAGCCAACCCCGUCAAGACCAGUACCAAGGAAAGAGGGAAGAAGGAAGAUGUGGUGACUGGUCUCGCCUUGCUACCUGUUCCGAAGAAGAUGCCCAAGGAUUCGUCGUCCACAUAUCUCAAGGAGAUCUUUCUUUGGGGCUUUUCAGGGGUUUAUUUUAGUUCUCUGUUAUUUCCUUUUGCUGUGUCAAUGUGCAGCGGGAAACAACCUGAGCAAAUGGGAAGAGAAGAAAAACAAAAAAAAAAUAUAAUAAAUUGUUUUCUGUUUUUCCCUUCAAUGAUUCUCUUGUCAUGAGAAGAGGUAGCAAAAUGGAGAUUGUAGGAUCUAUCCAGCUUUUUUGUCCACACUCACGGUCUUGGAAUGAGCUCCCAGGCUUUGUUUCCUCCUUUCCCACCUACCCACAGUCUCUUACUGUCAUGGGACCUGCAUUUAAAUGGAUGAGGCUCCAUGGAGA